AUGUUCCCCGAUUUAUGCGGCGAUGCAUCCACUCAUCCGCCACCACCCAGCCGCUCGAGCAUUGUUACGAGUUUAUCGGAACCAAGCCAACUUCUCACAACCGCUGUUAUCGAAUUGCUCAGUCUUCAGGAUGAGACCGAACUAACCACGAAAGCAAUCCCCGAGCUCGUCAAAUUACUGUCCGAUAAGGAUGAGACAGUGGUUAUGCGCGCCGUGCAUAUGGUGCAUAUGCUUUCGCGUGAAAGAAAAUCGGUGAAUGCAAUUGCUUCAAAUCCAACACUUGUUGAUGCGCUGUGCACAGCUACUCGUUACGAAAACGAUGCGAUACGACGAGAUGCGCUGGGAGCUCUUUCACAUAUUUCGGAACGUGCCGAGGGCCGCAUGCAUAUUUUCCGUUCUGGUGGCAUUCCGGAACUUGUCCGAAUGCUUGGAAUCCCAGUGGAUGCAGUUCGAGCACUAAAUGUUUUGGGCGAUUUCAUCCACAACGUCGACGAUCGGACGCAGUUUGCGGUGCUUUGUGCGGUGCGAAAUCUAUCGGAUGCGGCAACAAAUGAGGACAGUUUAGGGCCACUGAUAAUCAGUCUGAUAGAGGUUGUUGCGGCUGGCGAGGAGUCAACAACGGCAUGUGCGGCGGGUGUCCUCUCAAACCUCACUUGCAACAAUAUUCGCAACAAGCAGACUCUCUGCACCAACAGGUUGGAAACAACUGCGAGGGGUGAGUCAGUGGUCACUCUGGCGAUGGACGUGCUGGGACGAGCGGGCGUUCAGUUGCGGCAGGAUCCAGACGCAUUGGCCGAUGGCGUAGCAAUGCGAGAAUUGGUUGAGGGUGCUGUGUCGGCAUUGCAUCAGUUAGGAAACGAUUUGCAAUCGGCGCAACUCAUGCUUCGCGAUCAUCCAUUCAUUGAUAUGUUGGUCAAGUUACUUUCAUGGGAAGAAGUGUAUGCGAACGAUGAUGAGUUGCUGCAGCGAGAGCUUCUCGGGCUUCUCUAUCAACUUUCGAAAACACCGGAAGGAGCACGACAACUCGAUAUGUACGGGCCGGCGCCCGUACUUGCCGAAGCUUUGCAUUCCAAACACAAAGCCAUUUCGACAUAUGCGUCUGGAGUACUGAAGAAUCUGCAGUUCGACAAGCCGUUGAUAUACCGCGAAGAGAUUGAUACGGAAAUUGAAAGUGCCAUGAAUGGUGUUGCUGGAUAUUAUUAG